UAUGUCAUGUAUGAUGUGUUUGGAUAUAGUAUAUGCACUAUGUAAUAUGCCUUAAAUUCAGCAUGUUCUGUAGACAAUGGUUGUGGAAACAAAUUUGAAAGUGAAAGUGAAAAGGAUAAUACAAAUUCUAGUUCAGUUUGGUGACAUCUACGGUCUGAGGAGACAGUCAGAGGUCGGAGGAGGAGUUACCGCCUUUCAUUAGGAAAUCCAGGAUGUAAACAGAAGCAGUUGAAGCGCCGCCUUUAGUUAAGUUAACCUACAACCACUCUUUGCAUUGUGCCGGGAUUUAACUGUAAUACAAACUAAGAUGAUGUAACGUAGGUUUUUUUUAAUUUCAACUCACAGUUGAGUUGCUGCUGCUCAGUCUAGUUAUGGUUAGCUUGUAGCUUUCAUGCUACCACGGAGUUUACUAAGCCAAUUUAGCCGUUAGUUAGCUUGAAGCUAGUUCACAGGGACAGAACACUGAGGGACAACACUUGGUUCAUACCUAAAUACAGAUGGAGGCUCAUCUGGGAUCUUUGCAGAAUCCUGAUCUAAGCUCUGUCCUAUCAUCAUGUGAGCCCGAGCUGCAGGAGCUGAUGAGACAGAUUGACAUCAUGAUCAACCAGCAGAGGAGGAUCUGGGAGACUGAGAGCCAAGAGCUGAGGCUCAGGCUGAAGAGUGGAGAAGAUGAACUGCUCACUUCUAAGACUCUCAUUGAACGCCGGGACCUGGAGAUCGGAUUUCUCCGCAAGCAGCUUGAAGACGUCCAGACUGAUCGACAAGAGUUAAUUGCCAAGUACGAAAAACAACUGCAGAAAGUUUGUGAAGAGCUGGAUAAAUUAAAGAGAAGCUACCACAAGCUCCAGCGCAAACAGCUCAAGGAGACCAGCAGAGGAUCCAAAGAGACAAGUGUUUCAGAGAUGACGCAACUCCAAGACAAAAUUGAGGGAUAUCAUCAGCAACAUGUCCAGUAUCAGAAACAGCUGACGGCACUGGAGGCCCAGAAAAGGAGCAUGACGGAUGAGCUCACACACGUGAAAGACCAGCUGGUGUCGUUGCAAAUGCAGAAGGAGCACAGGGAGUGCUGCUCGGAGGUGCAGAGUCUGCGAUCUCGGCUGGAGAAGACCCAGGCCAGCCUGCACGCUCAGGAGCUUGAGCUGGAGCGACUGCGACCUCUUCACGUGUGGCUGGGACAAUCUGAGCGAGAGCAGCAGGUGUCGUCCAAGGACCGGGAGGAACUGCACGGCCCACGCAACUCUCAGGGUUUUGAACUCCAGAAGUUUCGCAACGAAGCUGCCAGACUCACACAAACACUGCAAACUAAAGACCGAGUCAUUCGAUGUCUGGAGGACUGUCUCACAGCCCGGGGCUGUGCUGGUGUGGAAACACUCAGAAAAGACCUGGAGAUGACCACAGCUAAGCUUCAUCGUGCCCAAGCAUGUGAGCUUCAUCUCAAGGCAGAGCUGGCCUGUCUCAAAGAGAGACAGGAGAAUCUGAACCGACAAAAAGCCGAUCACUUAACGACAGAACGGGAGCUGAGAAGCAUGAAAGCUGAUUAUAACACUUCUGUAGCUGAAAUGAAAAAGCUCAGAGAAGAACUUGAAAGAGCCCAGCAGACUCACAGCUGUGAGGUGGAGGGAAUGAGGAAGGAAGUGUCAAAGCUGACCAGCGAGCUGCACCAGCGCGACCUCACCAUCGCUUCACUGCGGGUUUCAUCAUCCAACAUCACGCAGCAGCUCCGUGGUGAGGCGGAGCGAGCGGGGCACAAGGCGGCUGAGCUUAAAGUGACUCAGGCCCAGCUGGAGUCUGUACAAACUGAGAACCAUCAUCUGAAGGGUCUGCUGCAUACACUGGAGUCUCAGUCAUCCAAGAGGGGGGACUCCACGCUUGCAGCGCAAAGAGAGAGUCACGCGUCACCAAGCAGCCUGGAGCAAGAGAAUGCACAGUUAAGGCAGGCGCUCAUUGGCAUACGUGCCCAGGCUGGCGUGUCCGGCCAGGACAAAUCUGCUCAGCUCAGGCGCUCCAUAACUGACCACACGCAGCCAGCUCAGGACAGGCAUGAAGAUACCAGCCGUCACAAACGUGUGGUGGAGACGAAGCUGCAGGGUAACGGCACUCGUCAUGAAGGAGAGAUUUGCCAACUCUUAAAAGAGCUGCACACUCUGUCCCAGUCCCCCACAGACCAACCCUACAUCCAGACCCCAGACUGUAGGCCUCCUUCAGCAGCAUCAUCAUCAUCAUCAUCAUCAUCGUCAUCGUCCUUCAGUAACAGAAGACUCACCAGGAGAAACUCUGAAUCUGGACAAAGCUCCGCCUCAGAAGACUCGCUGGUUUUGGUGGCCAGAGAAAAAGCUCCACCGCUGGAGCUGUUAUCAGGGUCACCUGCAGAUGGCGUCGUCACUCAGUUCAUGGAGAAGGAAAAGUUACUGACCCAGGAGCUGUUCCAGAGACUGGACACCCACAUCCAGGGCAUGAAGGAGAACAACAUCAGGACAAUAGACAAGUACAUACCCGGCAGCUCAGAACCUGAACCCCACCACACGUCUGCGCAGAAUGGUCAGUGACUAAGUGACAUGGAAGAAAUCUGAGAUAAGUAUCUAAAUAAGAUAAGUGAAGUCCUGAAUGGCAUACAGCAGACAUGUUGUGUGUUCUGUGACUGUUUACAUAUUUUAAUACCAGCAUGGCAACUCAAAGCUUUGAAUUUACCCAAUUUUUCACAAGAACCAUCAAAAAAAAAAGGUGAGAUCUGAAACGCACUGUGCUAUGAGGUCACAGCAGCGUACAUGAACGCAUUGUCAAAAUGUUUAUGUUACUUACAUACCCUUCAUUUUGAAAAUGUGUAGCUGAUCAGCUCAGAUUCUCCUCUUGAUUAUUUAUUUACCUACCAUAGUCUGAAUGGAAGUGGUUCAGCUUUUAAUGUGUUGAGACUUCAGUUACAUUUUUGGUUCAACAAGACAUUGUCAAAGUACAAACUAAACAAAACUCAACCAUGAAUCACAUGCUUUGUCUCUUAAACACAUCACAGAGACUGGUAAAAAAAACAAUUUAUUAGCUUGGAACAGUUCUGAAGAGCAAUCCUUAAAGCUAAUUGUUGAAUAAAUGCCCAGUUUAUAAAACAAAACAACAGUUUUGGGAUGGAGGCUCUCUGUCCUGAGCUACUCCCAUCAAGGACAGACUUUUUCUGCCUAUAUUUAAGGUUGCUUUGCAGCAUAGGCAAUUGCUGCCAAUGCCGGAAGAGUCUCAUUUCUAUUCAAAGGACGUGCGAGAAGUGUUAAUUCUCCGAUCACUGGUCAGAUUCUUGUUUUGAGGAUUCAUUUUGGUGCUGUUUGAGUUUAUUUUAUGUAAGUGUGAGCUGGAAUUAUUGAUCAAAAAUGUCAAAAUUGUUAUCUACCCCAGCUUUAAUAUCAAUAAAAUUUAAUGUUUUUAAAAAGAGUAUAUAGUUUUAAUUCUAAAACGUCUUGAAGCUGGAACGAUCUAUAAUGACUGAACCUGUAGUUUGUUACUUUUAAAUAUAAGCAAAUGUCUGUUACAUUCAAACCGCUAUGGAAUGAUCAACUGUGUUUCUAUAGCAGUUCCUUUGGUUUCAUGUCUGUGAGGACACGCUGCACACUGAAUCAUUAAUUUUAUUUGUCACGAUUGAGCAGGCAGGGCAAAGAAAGCACACAGCGCUAAUAAAGUAAGACGGCUUCUUCCAGCAGCACUAAAAGUUUCAGAAGUAGUUUUCCACUACUAAAAAUAAACUUGCACGUUUAGUAGGACAACCGUAUUUUAGGCACAAUCUCAAUUUUGCCUUUUCUCCAACAUGAUUAUGCAACAUGGAAAAGGCGUGCUCUGCCAACAGCACGCCAGUGUUUCUUGAACAGCUGCUUGACUGCGUGUCUGCGUCACAGCUGCUGCUGUUUCCUUCACUACGCAGCUCCAAUUUUCCUGGAUGCAGUCUGGACUGGUACUACUACAUUAAAAGCAAAAUAUACGACUCAAAACCUACUGAAGGAACAUAGAAACACCGUCAGAAGACACCACCGCUGUUUUCCUCUCAUUUUGUAUGUGUGUGAUUAUAAAAUGAUCAUUGUGUGAUCAGAUUUGGUCAGUGUGGGUCAAAAUGGUUGACCAGUGGUGAACUGAUGGCGUGUUUACUGCUUCUCACGUGCAGUACUUUAUCUGUAAAGACACCAGAUGACUGACCUCCUCCUGUGCCAAAGAUGUUUUAUGUGGAGCUGCAUUCCAUUCCAGUUUGUACGACUGCGGAGUGAUGAAUAAGUGAAAAAAAAAAAAAAGUGAAUAUGCUUUUACUCCCUGAGGUUAACGUGUACAUUUUUGUGACUAAUCCAAGCUACCACUCAUCUGUCUCUGAAAGCGUGUUUCAUUGUCAGCUCGUGAUCAACGUUUGUCUAGACUGUGUGUGUGUGUGUGUGUGUGUGUGUUUUUUUUUAAUUGAUUAAAAUGGACUCAAGAAUUUGUG